AUGACCGCGUUUGGGAAAAUAUUUCGAGCGCGGAAUAAUAUAGAAGAUAAGUUUUUUGAAGCAGUUGAAGCAGCCCAAAAAACUGCACAAAAGGAAUUCGAAGCUUCUGAAACAAUUAAAAGAGCAUGGCACAGAUUUAAGCAAAAGAAACAACAGAAAAAGCUAGAAAGAAGUGCAAUUAUAAUACAGAAAACAUGGCGAAUGCAUCACGCUACAACUAUAGUAAACGUACUUCGUGCAGAAAAAUAUCGGCAAGAAAGAGUUGAUUUCUUUAACAAACAAGCGACGAAAAUUCAAAAAGUAUGGAGAGGAUACUAUGAUCGUAAACAUGUUUUCAAUUUCGCUAAACAGAAAGAAUAUCUCGAGCAAGUUAAACAGACUAAUGAAAAGAUGGCUCAUUUGCUCGAAGGUUAUUAUGCGGAAACAAAUGAAACAAUUGCUCGUGCAGAAUUCGAAAAAGAAGCUCGCAAACAAGAAAAUAUCGCCCUUAAACAGCAUUACUUGGUUUCAACUUCGGCUAUUCCUUCAGUAUUCCAGCCGCCGGCGUUUAACAAGGAUGCUGGAGCUCUUUCUGCGGUUGAGAAUUUCAUUCGAACUGUUAAUAAGGCAAAAAUAUGCGUGCCAAGUGUUGGUCCACGCUAA